AUGGACACCAAGGAGGCUAUAUGGAGAAAUAAGGAGAUGUCUGAGAUUGUGGAUGGCUACUUUGAGAACAGCUUAAGGACCCUCGAUUUCUGCACAGAGCUCGUGAGGAGCUUGAAGCAUGCAAAAGACAGACAAUUAAACACUCUCCUAGCACUCCAAAGGCCUGAAGAAGAUCACCUAGGCAUUUACAAUCAUGGACAAGAAGCUGAGAAAAACAGAAACAUAUACUUGAGGACCUUGGAGGAGCUGCAGAAGUCGAAGGAAGAUGGGAGCCCAUUCACGGAAGAGCUCUUCCAAAUCUUACUUGCAGUUUACGAAAGCCACACUAAGAUGCUCGAGUUCGAGUGGCUGACAAACAGGAAAUUAAAGCUCCAAAAGAAGUUGAGGAGUGUUCGAUCUUGGAGGAAGGUCACAAGUAUGAUCUUUGUGACAACUUCGGCGGCAGUGGUAAUAUGCUCUGUGGCGGUGGCGGCCUCAGGGGCAGCCUCGCAAAUGGCCGCAGGGGCAGCCUUGCAAGUGGUGGCAGGCCUAUCAGCUGCCACUGCUAACCACCCUAUUAACUCAGUAGGCAACUGGUCGUUGGAUUGUGGAGAAAGUGGGCAAUGUGUUGCCCUAAAGGAUUUGAAGACCGUCGGACUGUUCAUGGGAAAGCUUGAUAAGGAGCUUAAGUCGCUUGUAGAGAUUGCCGAUUCCAUAGUGGAUUUGUUAGUAUCUAUUAAUAAAGAUAUGAAGUCACUUAUAGAGAUCAAGAAGCAAGUUCGGGAGUUUAUGGAGUGUGUUGACGAACUAGGGGUCCAGGCCGACUGGUGCAGCCACAAGAUUCGACGAGCAAGGGUGGUGUUACGGAGGCUGCCAUCGAGUAAUCAAAGCUAUGGCAAUCAGAGGAAGGAUGUGGCGAGAUCUUACCGUUACAGUGGGAUGCCGAACUUGGAUAAAGAAGCUACGGCAACCAGAACACAUGCUGCUCUCCAGGGGAAGAAGAUGGACAGAAAACAUACCGGUACAUUGCAAUUACGAAGUUUGGAAAGGGUGAGGAGAAAUCCUGUGAUGGAAAUGGGAAAUCUUCUCCGGCAACAAAAGGGGGAAAUGGAGAGGUGA